UUUGUUUUGCCUUACUCGGCACUUGUGUUGCGGGUUUUAAGUCACGUCUAGUGUUAAUCAUGCCGGUAGCGAAUUAACAUAAUCAAAGAUACUUUAUUUAACGUUCUAUGAUAGUUGUUAAUAUAAUACAGUGCUGCUUUAAAGUGUAUUUUUGAGCAUUUAUUUUGCUACAUCAAGAGGUUAAAUUUAUAAACUAUUUUGAACUUAGGUUCUAGUUGGAAAUGACAUUAACAAUGUCUACGGAAGAUAAUUAUUUUGAACAAAUGAUACAGUAUUAUUUUACUGUUGACGAUGUGAAGAAUCUUUUAGAAACUCAGCAUGAAAAUGAAUCCAAGUGUUCUGACUGGGCAAAAAUAUUGAGACUGGAAGGUACUCAAAAAUUUCUGGAUAAGAAAUGCCACGAUGAUGCAGUUCACGCUCAAAUUUGGGACUGUUAUGCUCGCAGUAAGUUGUAUGCACCUCCAAAUUCGGAAAGUCUUGCUUUAUCUUACUGCAAUCAAUCAGCAUUUUUAUUUCAUACUUGCAAGUACAAGGAAUGUAUAGAAGAUAUAGAUAGAGCCUUAAAAAUCACAAACUCAAAUGAAUUAAAGUUCAAAUUGCUCUGUCGUAAGGCUAGAUGUCUGGCCUAUCUUGGAAAAGAAGAUAAAUAUGAUGUAUUUAACAAGGCUAAAUUACUGAUAAAUAAAUCUAACGAGACAUACUUCAAAAGAAAAAAAUUUACUCAAUGCCUUAAAAAAGUCGAGAGAAUUUUUCAAAAAUUUGCGUAUAAAGAAGUAGAUCAUAAAGUGAUUUGGUCCAAUAAAUCCAAUGGUGAAUUGUCUUAUUCUCCUGAUCAAUUGACCACUGACAUGAAGAAUCUUUAUACUCCAAAAAAAAGCAAAAUAUGUCACUAUACAGAUAAUUCUCAUCGAGAUAUACUGUAUGAAAAAGAGUCUGAGGGACUUUUCACUUCAGUUCGUGUUGAAAAUAAUGCACAACAAGGCCAGCAUCUAGUUGCUUCUCGUUAUAUUCAACCAGGUGAGCUGGUAAUAGUGUCAAAGCCAACAAUUACAGUACCAAGUUUCAAAAAGCCAGCCAACUUUUGUGACCAUUGUCUUGGAGUUGCCUGGGCUGGGAUACCUUGUAACGAUUGCACUCAUGUUAUUUAUUGUUCUGACAAAUGUAAAAUUGAGGCUGAAAAGCUGUACCAUGAUGUUGAAUGCAAUUUGAUUGAUAAAAUAGUGGAUGGAAAUAGUUUUUAUAAUUAUUUGAUUCAUUUAUCAAUCAGAAUAGUCAUUGCAGGUGUAAAAGAAUUUAAGAGUAUAGAGAAUUUAAAAAAAGCAGUUGAGAAAAUUGAUUAUAAUAAAGCACAAAACAAUUCUUUUGAUGAUGCAGAAUUUCCUUACUCUUCAAUUGUAAGUUUGUUAGCAUAUGCUUGCAAUCAAGUCAGUGAAGAAGCUACCGCUUACCUUGCGCACGAAAGUUGUAGGUCAGUAAUUUUACUUGCUAAGAUGAAAGAUUUUCUUGGCAAAAACAUUGGGUUCGAUUCGAUUGAGGACUUCACAAAAAAUCACGAUGCAGUAUUCAUAGGCUCACUGAUAUUUAGAAUAGCUCUCAUUACUCAUGAUUACGGAAUCAAAGUGAUCGAGCAAGAAGGCCGCUGCCCGGAAAACGCCGGUAACGCAUGUCUCUCCCCGACGCCCUGUUGCGAGCGAGGAUACUCGAUCAACGGCCUGGCGCGACUGAUACCCCAUAGCUGCAACCCCAACGUGAGAUCGAUGAAGACCGGGCCCGGUCGCGAAAUCUGGUACGCCAUACUGCCGAUCGAGGAGGGCGAGCCGCUCGUCGAGACCUACGGUACGGCCUUCUUCGAGCUGGCACUGGAGCAUCGCAGACCCGGGCGGGAUUGCGGCUGCGUCGCCUGCCACGAGGAAUGGCCGCCGGUGCUGACCGAGGCCAAUACCGACGAGGUCGCCGAAUUUUACGCGUACGUCUUCAGACAGGUACUGGACAGCUGCGAGACCCGAGCCAAGAGGCACAAACUCGUCAGAUUGAUACGCAAGUUCGGCUUGGUCCAUCAGAGGAUAAUCGAGGAAUUGAAAUCGAUCGUGGAGGCGGCUUAUUAUUAUUAUGUCCAGCCUUCGGCUUGUAUUUCCGCCGGAGUAUUUCUGAUGAUAUAUGUUUUUAAUAAACUGUACGGAUUGAGGAUGAUAUUGCCGCACAAAUGUAGAAAAGUCGAUCGCGAGUCUUCGGGCACAUUGUAAAACUAUCGAGUGUGCAAUGUUUAUAAUAAGA